UCAAGUGGGUGGUCCUCACCCUCUGCUUCUACCUGCUGGGAUGCCCUUUCACCCUCUGUUCGGACCACGCGCCCCUCCAGUGGCUCCACCACAUGAAGGAUGCCAACGCGCGGAUCACCAGUUGGUAUCUGGCACUCCAGCCAUUUAAGUUCAAGGUGGUCCACAGGCCAGGGGCACAGAUGGUCAUGGCAGAUUUCCUCUCCCAUCAAGGGGGGGAGGGGGAGUCAGCUGCAGGCCGGAUGGCUCCUUGGCCGUCCGGGAAGGUUAUCCAUGGAUGCUUUGGCAGCAGGCUCUCCACAGGAAGUUAUUGAGAGGGUGUCCAAGCAGCUGGACUGCAGCACUACUUCACGUGAUGUGGCUGAAUACUUUGACCAACAUGACAAGCUGCGGGAUUUGCGUCAGGAGUUCCUGGUUCCCAAAGUAGCCGAUCUUCCUCCAUCUGACCUGACUCUUGUGGAUGGUUCAGAAGAUUGCAUUUACUUUGUAGGCAACUCUCUCGGAUUACAGCCCAAAAAUACCAAAAAGUACAUUGAUGAGGAGUUGGAGAAAUGGGCCAAAACAGGAGCCCAUGGACAUGUGAUGGGGUCUCGACCUUGGGCCUGGGCUGAGAAUAAUCUGGAGGCUCUCAUGGCAAAGAUUGUGGGUGCUAAACCAAAGGAAGUGGCCUUACUGAAUGGCUUGACUGUCAAUCUGCACCUCCUGAUGCUUGCAUUUUACAAGCCCACUCCAAAACGACACAAAAUCAUUCUGGAGGAAAAGGCCUUUCCUUCUGACCAUUAUGCUGUGGAAUCUCAGAUACGCCUUCGAGGAUUUGACCCUAGUGACAGCAUGGUCCUCCUCAAACCCAGAGCGGGCGAAGACACCCUGAGGAUGGAGGACAUCUUGUCCACAAUCAAGCGAGAGGGAGACUCGGUUGCUGUGGUGAUACUCAGUGGAGUCCAAUACUACACAGGCCAGCUGUUCAAUAUGGAAGUCAUCACCAAAGCAAGCCAGGCCAAGGGCUGCUACGUCGGGUUCGACUGUGCACAUGCAGUGGGUAAUGCAGAGCUGAAACUGCAUGACUGGGGAGUCGACUUUGCCUGCUGGUGCACCUAUAAAUAUCUGAACUCCGGAGCAGGUGGUAUUGCCGGAGCGUACAUGCAUGAAAAGCAUGUGUACACAAUCAAACCUGCGCUCCUCGGUUGGUGGGGACACAAGUUGGACAGUAGAUUCCAGAUGACCAAUGUGAUGAGCCUGCAGCCUGGAAUUAGUGGAUUCAGACUUUCAAAUCAACCCAUUUUACUGGUGUGUCCCCUACAGGCCAGUCUAGAGAUCUUUAACAAAACCACCAUGGCGGAUCUGAGGAAGAAGUCCAUCUUGUUGACUGGUUAUCUGGAACACCUUCUGAAGCAUCACUACAGCAAGGAGAAGUCGGAGCCAGGGAAACCUCACGUCUGCAUCAUUACACCCAGUAACCCGGCGGAGAGAGGCUGCCAGCUUUCACUCUCCUUCUCAGGUCCCAUCAGAGCCAUCUUUCAAGAGCUUGAGAAGAGAGGAGUUGCAUGUGACAUGAGGGAACCGAAUGUACUGCGUAUAGCUCCUGUUCCUCUCUACAACUCCUUCACUGAUGUACACCGCUUCAUCACGGUGCUUGGAGAAGCUCUGGAAACCAGCAAACAACAUGAUUGAUGUCUGACUCUGAUACCAUCAUCAUUUAAUGAUGCGUUCAAGGGAUAUUUCUGAAACUGAAAAUAACUGAAAGCAAGUUCGAGGCCAUUUUAAGAAAAAUCUUUACCACUAGUUAGUUCAGACCUAAAAACCUUACCGAUGAUUUCCUGUAUGCUCAUUUUACCUUCAUGGAAUGAUUAUAAAAUAUGUUCAUAUUAUCCAGAAUGUAAGCAAUACAAUAAAAUCCUAAAAGUUAUUCACUCCACAAA